AGCUAUGUUAAGCAAUGGAUCAACAUAACAGAAUAGAGCGUUUGCACCAUUCUUUACCAACCCUCGACUUGGAUCUAAACCAAGAACCGCAUCAAAGACCUAAACCUAAAUAUCGAAAAUCGCAUCAGAGACAUGGAGAUGAUGUUUUAACUUGUAUCAUUUCGGCUUUUUACGCCAAGUUUAUGGUAAUUUUGGGAAUAGCCCUGCCGGUCACCGAUGCAAUAGCCACCAAUGAAUACGAUACCUACGACGCUUUUUACAUGUAUUUGUAUCUGGGUAGCAUCAUUUUUCUACUCUACAUGUACAUGAUACAGAUGAAAGAAAAAACAGUGCAAGACUAUUGGCGACGUUCCACAGACUCGGAUGAAUCUUUCAGCUCGAAAAAAAAUCAAUAUGUCAGAUAUGGCAGCUUCUAUUUCCGUAUGGGCGUCACUGGAUUUGGAAUCGGUUCGGUUAUUUACUCGGGCUUGCAAUUCGGCCAGUACUUUGAACUUUCUUCACAAAAGGAUUGCGAUAAUAUGCUUAAGGCUGUGAAACCACUUCUGAGAAUAAUAUUCGCCCUUAUGCAGAUGUUGUUUAUAUUUUCUUACAGCAACUUUAUAGACGUACAGCGAAGUAAGAUUAUUGCUAGAUUCGGGUUGAUGCAUAUGAUCGCUGCAAACUUAUGCGAAUGGCUUUUUGUUCUCAUCGAAGAAACUCAACAUGACAUCUACAAGUCGGCCAAAAAACGCCAGGAUAAUGCCGCGAGAGACAAUAUGUCUUUGUCUGAAGCCGAUUUUCAGUUUUUGAACUCGAAUACGUUCAGGAUAACGAAGCAGUUGUACGAACAUAAAGUCAACUGUCUCAGCUCUAAUAUGAUGGAACCCAUUUUGGUCAAGUCAGAACCCUACUUGGCGCCGUGUACGGUUGAGUAUAGCCUGCUGUGUGCCGUUAUUCUAGGGCUGAUGUGGAAAAACACACAAGGUGAAAAUUUAAAAGAAUCAGAUAGUAAUUCUCUCGAAAUCGGCGAGAAACAAAGCGGUUGCAACAUUAUCUACCCGAGACGGCAAAGUCAGUUUUCAGUCGACUGUGCUCAAGCACAUAAAGGAUUAUUUACAGGAAUCCUCGUUUUGGCUGUAACUGUAAUCAGCCUGAUUAUGUUUUUCGAAUUAGUCGGCUUCAAACAAUAUAAAGAUAUCGCAAUAUUACAGGUGAACGUAUGGGAAGCUGUUCUUUUCUCCCUAGGCACCGUGGCGACCCUUUUCUGCAUCGCGGCUCUCCGCGACGUGGGAUUCCGCCAAAUGAAGCGAGACUUGGAACUAGAGCACUUGUUACUCCUCGUAACGCAAUGCGGCGUGUUUAUGUAUUUUCUGUUCCAAAUAAUCGGCGCUGUUCUCAUGGGACUGAACAAAGGCAAAGGCGGAAUAAUGAGGAUAAUCACACCGUUGUCGGCACUGGUCCAGAGCUCCUGUCAGACGGUCCUGAUCCUGGACGCGUGGCGAAGACGCUGCAGUUCGGCGUCCCAAAUGCGUCGAAAGCCCGGCCGACAACUAAUCACUUUCCUUCUUGUGGCCAAUAUCGCGCUGUGGAUGGUCAAUAGAUUGAAGAAUAAUCGGGCAGUGUCGCAUCCCAAUCAGAUGGACUUUUACGGAGUGUUGGCUUGGAAUAUUAUCACACAUGUCUCGAUGCCGUUAGUGGUCUCUUAUCGAUUCCAGUCGAGUGUGUGCUUUUACGAGAUUUGGAAGCACGUCUAUAAGAUGAGGACAGUCGACGACGACAAAGACACGAACAUUUAAUUUGAUCGUUUUUUAUAAAAAAAAAUCGCAAUAAAAACAAAUGAUACGA